AUGAUCGUGGGAAUUAACGACGCUUUUAUUACAUCUAUUGCUCAUUGCAAUGAUUAUACUAUAAGUGGCGACGUAUUUGAUGAUACAAUUGAUUUCAUAAACGCAACAUCGCAACACAUUAUAAUUAGUUCUAAUAAUUCAAUAAAGUUAUUCCCGGCCCCGUUGCCAUACGAUGUCGCCACAGAUCUUGACUAUCAAUGUGAAGUAAUAGAUAAAAAAUGUGAUGAUUAUUGUUGCCAACUACUAUGGGAGGAUCCUCACACUAUUCUCAUGUGUUUUCAGUGUUCUAUUAAAAAAAUAGAUUUAAGAACAUCUGAAUUUGUACGUACAUGGGAUUCUUUCAAUUAUGCCCCAUUAACGUGUUGCUCAUCAGAUAAUCUGUACACUUUUGUGACGGGGAGUUAUACGGGAGUUCUAUGGGAUCAGAGACAGAGUGUUGCCAUUCAAACGUAUACUGUGGAACAUGGUAUAACAUUGUAUAACAAAGGAAUAGAUUCUCUAGAAUUUGAUAAUGCUCAUAUGUAUACUGCUACAUGCAAUGGUCUUUAUGAAUUAGACUUUACGGGAAAAAACUCUUUUAGUGAUGAGGGCACGGGUUCGGAAUCUGCCGAGGAGUUGGAUUAG